GCGAGCGGAAUCUCUACCGUUCCUUUUCGCCUUCUCUUAAUCACGCCCGUUUUUUCGAGUUAGAAAUAUCUGGCUCUCCAGCACAAUUUGACUUUGAGACGUUUUGGGGGAGGGUGAGGGGGAUACGUCUGUCUUUAUAUUUAUCCUAUUUAUGCUUCGUUUAUUUAGUUGUUGUUACUGGAUUACACAUUUGCUUCCCCCCCUCACUUGGGGAGACUGUUUUAGCUAGGAUCUUACUUUCGGCUGCCUGGAUCUGAAGUUUACCUUGUCGCCAUGGGGGAUGUAAUCUCCACACACCUAGAUGAAAGCAAACGGGAGAUGAUUACAGGCAGGACGAGGGAGGUGAUGGAGGAGUUCAGCCGCCUGUAUGAGCAGCAGUACGCGGUGGCGCUCUUCAACAAGGUGCGCUUCGAGAUCGAGGGCAACACGGGACCCCAGCCCCAGCUCCUACAUCGCAAGGCCCCACUGCAGGACAAGUCCAUCUUCUCUGGGAACCUGUUCCAGUACCUGGAGGACAACAAGAAGUGGCGCAACCGAUUCUUCUUUGUGCCAGACUCCUACGAAAUCCACUACUAUGAAAAAAAGCUGGCACAUGAAAGGGGCCUACAUCCCAAAGGGACCAUAAACUGUGCUGGGUACAGAGCUCUGACGUCCAUGGACCAGUAUCUUGACCUGCUCAACAGCAGUCUACCAGGGGUAAAGGCCAAAGCGAGCAGCUCCCCAUUCCUGAAGUGUGCUAGUCACUACACCAUCAUCCUGUGGCACCCCUAUGCCCGGCACCACUAUUUCUGUGUGAUGAGUGAGAAGGAGCAGAAGAAAUGGCAUGCCGUGUUCCAGGACUGCGUCAGACACUCCAACAACGGUCUGUCAGAGGAUAGCAAAGUGCAGACACCAGCCUUCACAGAUGCAGUGAGGCUCUACCGACAGGCACAUGGACAAUACGGCACCUGGGACAUGAUGUGUGGCGAGCCCGCACAGAUCCUGGCCAACCUGGUGAUGGAGACGCUCCACCUGGAGCUGAGGACCACCAUCGGGCCCCGCCUGAAGGGGAAGAUGCAGCAGAAGCAGAGGAACUGGAUGCUGAUCUCAGAUGCAGUGUACCGAUUGGUGCUAGGACAGACACGGGCACACUACGAGGCCAUGGUGCAGAUCUGCGAGUCGGGGCGCCCCCAACUGGAGGCCUCUUUACGUACGGACAUGGACCAGAUAAUCAACUCCAAAGAGCAUGUCAUGGGCAAGAUUCGCGCUCAGCUCCUGCCCAAGGUGGAGCAGUUCCUGAAAGUCAGCGUGCAGCCCUACAUCAGCUCCAUUCUGGAGGCCCUGAUGGAGCCCACGAGCCGGGGAUUCUCCGAGGUCCGGGACGUCUUCUUCCGUGAGCUGGUGGACAUGAGCAAAAACGCUCUCAAUGACGGAGGCAGAGAGAAGCUGGCUGAGCAUAUGGAGAAGGUCUCCAUGCUGGCCUUCCAUCCAGUGAAGAUGCAGAGCUGCUAUGAGAAGGUGGAGCAGAUGCACCUGGAGGGGCUGCAGCAGAGGUUUGACGUGUCCAGCCCAUCCGUCUUCAUCCAGAGAGCGCAGAUUCUUAUGAGAGAGCAAAUGGACGACGCCGUGUACACGUUCGAGCAGCUCCUGCACCAGAACCUCGAAGGCCAGGGAGCGGAGCACCUGUGCAAGAGCAUCCAGCGCUGCCAGGACAGGGUCAUCAAGAAAUUUGACUAUGACAGCAGCACGGUACGCAAGAAGUUUUUCAGAGAAGCUCUGCUUCAGAUCCUCAUCCCCUACAUGCUGAAGCAGCUCUCUCCUUCCUGUGCAGUGGAUCUGCCUCGCUUCAGAGAGCUUAUCUUUGAGGACUUCUCCCGCUUCAUCCUGGUGGAGAAUGUCUUUGAGGAGGUGGUGCUGCAGUCCGUCAUGAAGGAUAUCACCAUGGCCGUGAAGGAGGCAGCAGUCCAGAGGAGACACAACCUGUACCGAGACAGCAUGGUGCUGAACAGCAGCGACCCCAACCUGCACCUGCUGGGAGAGAACCCCACCAUCGACUGGGCAGGGCAGUACAGGGGCGAGGACAGCGGCGAGCCGCUGAAGAGGCGCAGGCAGGUGGUGUCCAUGAUCCAGCUGGACGAGAUGCCCCCGCUGCUCCACGCGUCCUGCCUGGAUGUGCCGGGGGUGGAGGGGAUCCCAGAGGAGGCAGAGGAGGGGCAGGAAAGCGACUCGGACGGCCCCGCCUCCCCAGACAGCGUGAACGAGAUCCGCCACCUGAUCACCCCCAAAGUGGAGGUGAUCGUCCCCGCCUCACCAGAGGAUGCUGCCCACCUGACCAACGGGACACUCCUGAGGGGAGGGGGAGAGGGAGAGGGAGAGGGCGCGGCGGCUGGUCUGAGCGAGGUGGAUGAGUCAGCACAGCCUGCUGAGAUGUCUGUCCAUCAUGACGACGACAGUGGCUUCCAGUCCCCAACCAAUGAGGUGGCAGAAGAUGUGGAAGUUCAGCCAAUCAUGGAGGCCCUGAAGGUAGGAUGUACCAUUGUCGACCCAGCCAAGGUGGGAGUGACACUGGAGCAGGAGGAUAUGGGGCCUCCUGAUUCUGAGACAGGAGAGGAGGAUUCUGGGAAGUCAGAAGUAUCAGAGCCGGACAUUGUGAUCGAGAUUUGACUCAACAUUUACACAGGUGUAAAUGAGACCAAAACUUGUUUGAAACCUUUCUUUUUUCAAUGAAAGACGAAGGCUUUUUGUUUUUUGUUGCCUAAAAAUUAACUUUAUGAAACAGAGACUGAUGU